AAUUUGACAUUAAAUCUAUUAUUGUCAUUGUCAUGUUAAGUUUUUUCUAAAUUUUCGAAAGUUGAUACAUCAUGGAUAACUGUACACAAAAAGAAGAUUUUCUUAUUCAAAUAAGAGAUAAAUUGCGUAAAGAUGGUGUAAAAUUAUGGCAGUUUCCUUAUUACAUUGAAACAAUGGGUGUUUCCGAUAUUGAUAUAAAGAAUUUAGCGGAACAGUUUGGGAGCGUACUUGAAAUUCCAUUCGAAACAUGUCUUCAAAUCAUUCAGGAAUUACAAAUUAAUUCCUUGGAAAAUCUAAAACACAUAAAUCGUUUUCACGAGUCUGGUCUUGCAACAUUGAAAAUCAAAGUUUUGAGAUUGGGAACUCCGUUAAUGCUCACCAUAGAACUCAUGUUAACCAGUAGAGUACUUGAGUUGAAAGAAAGGAUUUCUCAACAUGUAUCAACUCCAAGUGAGAGGAUUAAGUUAAUUUCAGCAGGUAAAGUUCUUAACAAUUCUGAUAAUUUGAUUAAUCAGGGUAUAAAGAAUGGGCAUCAACUGUUAGCAGUAACCCUUGACAGCACACCAAGUCAAGUAAUGGAAAAUGAAAAUAAAAUUAAACAGUUGGAAAACAUUAAAAAAGAUUCUCAGAUGCUUGCCUUAGAUGAUGAUUAUAUGGGGUUGGAGGAUCAGUAUGGUAAUUCCAUUAAAAUACCAGAACAUGAAAAAGAAUCUUUAAUAAUAGCAAUGACAUUACAUGAAAAGGGUAGAUCAGUACUAAAAAGGGAGGAUUAUUCAACAGCUCUGAUUUUGUUCUUAGAGGCUGAUCAUCACUUUAGGAAUUGCAAUUCAUCAUUAUUAAAUGCUGUUGAUAACUAUGCACUUCUGGAUUUGGAUAUUGCAUGGUGUUAUUUGUGCCUUCAAAGUUUAACUCAUCUUCCAGAAGCUUAUGACAGAUUACAGAGGUGUGAGCAGAAACUUAAUGCAACUUAUGGGCGAAACUUGGAAAGGCUUGUUGCAGUAAAAGGUUCCUCAGGAAACGAAGCCUGCUUUUUUUUGAGGCUACAUUUAUUGCAGGCCAUAGUUCUGUACCAUCAGAAUAAAAGAACUGAGUCUUUGGCAUUGUUGAAAAAAGUAGAAAAUGAAAUGCAAAAUUUGAAAGUUGACGAAAAUGAUGUUUUAACACUUGCAGAACUUGGAUAUACCCUGGAAGAAGCUAGAAUUGGACUGAGGGCUAGCGGAGGUGAUAUUAACAUGGCGGUAAAUUAUAUUACUGAACAAAGGCAAAAGCGACAAGAAAGCAGAAAAAAGGCGAGAGCACAGAGGAUUCUUGAAAAAGAAAUGAAAAAACUGGGAAAGUGUGCAGAUGGAAUUCAGUUUGUAAAUCCAAAUUUCCUCAAUAUUUUAGUAAAUAUGGGAUACAAUAAGGAGGUUGCCAGGAGAGCACUGCAAAAAUCGAAUAAUAUUAUCUCCGAUAGUAUACAGUUCAUUCAGGAUAAUCCUCAAGCUGGUACAAGUGAUUCUAAAAGUACCGAAUUUAUGUCCCUUAUCGACGAUCUAGUAUCUCAGCUCGUGGAGGCUGGUUUUGAUCCGCGUAUGGCCAAAAUUGCGUUGCAAAAACAUGAUGGCGACGUACUAAAAUCGGCCGAAGAACUGUUGGCAAAUGACGGCUUAGUUGCGGGGGAUUUAACAGAAUUCAAUAUUCGAUCAGAAAGCAUAGAAGAAAUCAAACAAAAGAAAAUUGCGGAGGAAUUAAAAGAACAAGCUUUUAACAGACUUAAGGAAGACAUAUCGAUAACAGAUGAUGAUCACUUGGAUUUUAAUCUAGUUCAAGAGGAACUCUUUCUUAAGCAGUAUUUGUCCCUUUUGGAUAAAUCUUAAAGGUCAUGAUUAAAGAUAUCGAUUUGGGUGUAUAGUGGGCAGGAAUCAAUAUAUUACCAUUUUGUUGUGAGCAACUUAUAAAGGAUCAAAGCAAAUCAACAAAUAAAAUCAACAAUAUUAACAAAAAAGUAGUUAUGGAUUAACAA